UCUCUCUAAGCAGCAAUUUGUCAAGCUCGAAAACAACAACGAAGAGAUGACUUCGCCCAAGAAGUCUGUGCUUUCAACAAAGAGCUGCCGUCUGAUCACGAUGAUGCUGCUGACUGCAAGCUUCUUUUUUGUGGAGCUGAUUGUAGGAUACAUCACACAUUCCCUUGCCUUGGUAGCUGAUUCAUUUCAUAUGCUGUCUGAUAUCAUAGCUCUUAUUGUUGGCUUUGUAGCAGUCAGGUAUGCCAAGCGUGAUACGCCAAAGAAUACGUAUGGGUGGCAGAGAGCUGAGGUGGUCGGUGCUCUUGUCAACGCAGUCUUUCUCUUUGCCCUGUGCUUUACUAUCUUAGUGGAUGCUGUUGAACGUCUUGUUAUGGGAGAUAAAAUCAAAGACCCUCUCUUGGUUUUGAUUGUUGGUGGCGUCGGUCUUGCAGUCAACCUUUUAGGAAUAUUGUUGUUUAGCUCACAUGGUAUGGGACAUGGUCACAGUCAUGGUGGUGGAAGUAGCCAUAGUCACAGCCAGGGACAAGGUUAUGAAUCAGUGAAAGAACCUGAUGAGAAGGAAUCCUUAGCCAAUGGAACUAAGAUACAGGAUGGGACCCAUGAUGUAGAAUCUGGUAUAGAAGUCAAUCAUAAACCUCAGAGGAAGCAUAGUAAGCAUGAUGCUUCCACGUCACAGCUAAACAUGAGAGGUGUUUUUCUUCAUGUCCUUGGUGAUGCCUUAGGUUCGGUGGUGGUCAUAAUUAGCGCCCUCGUUGUUAUGUUCACUGAUGGUGAUUGGGUCUUUUGCAUAGAUCCUGUACUCAGCAUUCUUAUUGUUAUUAUAAUCAGUACAACAACGUGGCCAUUAUUUAAACAAUCCAGUAUGAUAUUGCUACAGUCAAUACCUACUGGUAUUGAUAUGGAUGAUAUUGACAAGAAGUUGAGAGAAGAGUGUAGCUAUAUUGACAACAUUCAUGAGUUCCACGUAUGGCAGUUAACGGGUUCUAAACUCAUUGCUACACUUCACAUCAGUGUGUCAUCAUUAGAGGAAUAUGGUGGUGUUAUUGAACAAGCCACAAGAAUACUCCACCAAGAAGGAAUACAUUCAACAACUAUUCAACCAGAGUUUAUUUGUAUGAAAGAGAGUUCGACAGAAAGCUGUGGAAUACCUUGUCCCACUGACUCCUGCUCUGACACAAAUAAAUGCUGCAGUACCACCACCAAGCGCAUCUCAGGAAAUAGUAAGAGUGUCCCAACCAUGUCACAGCUGCAGAUGGAAGUCAAUGACCUGGAGAACGUUCCUUUAAGGCAGUCCUCUGAUGUGGAAGAACAGAGACUGACGCUAGGUGCUAGACUACAGGCCGUUCAUAGAAUAGAAGAGUUGAAUGCUACAAUAGUGGGCAGCAAGCUUGCUCAGCAGCUAUCAGAUAGCUGCUCUGACAAAGACUUUCGGGAGUCACCAUGCAUGUAUAAAUGCAAAUACUGUCCCCCUGCAUGUAAAUCAGCUGUAAGAUGAUGAGAUGUCAACCACUUACCAACAGGAUCAUCCUGGAUGAGAAUUCCAAAGUCAUUUUGGGAUUUGAAGAAUCAUCAUGAAUGUCAACCUUGGCAAUGAUGAACAAUGACAUCCAAUAUUUUUAAUCAUUUUUACAGUACUUAGGGUGCAUGUAUGUGCUUCUUUUUGUGAAGCCAUUGAACUUUUUUGUUCCACAGAGUACUGUUUACACUUUUUAUUUUUUGAGGCCCAGGUUAUUUGGACCUGAGAGAAGAUAAGAGCUGGUCUCACCAGGGCAUGCUGUUUUUAAAAAUAGUGUUGUGCUCUUGAUCAAAGUGGAAAUGCAUUUAUUAUUAUGAUGUCAUCAAAACAUGUUUAGAUUUUAUGUUGCAUCCAUGCUUUCCAAGGAAUUGUCUUUUUUUUUUAUAGAAACACUGAUUAUAAUUGCACAUUGCUGUGUUGAUAUGACAAUGACAAGAGACCUUGCUUUGAAUAUGAGAUGCUUGGUAUUAAACAGCCCAUUAUGGGCCAGAAAAUAGAAAGUAUAAACACAUCCUAAGACAUAUGAGUGUGCUAAUAAAAGUAGGUAUAAUCAUUCAGCAUUUGAAAAGUUUAAUUGAUAAGAAGAGUGGUAAAAAGACCACCUGUAGUUUGUCUACCUCUUGGGAAUGAUGCCAUGACAGGCCAUCUGUCCAUAUUGAGUCAAUCUGGUCAGAUACUCUUUAGUGUAUGCCCAAAACACUUGUUAUGAAAAUAAUUCACUGAUCAAACUAUUGAUUCAUAUUAGGUGGUUUCACAUCGACUCAAUCACUGAAAUAUCUGUAAUGUAUGGGAACUUGUCCAGUCCUAAAACAAUCUGAUGAUUAUUUUCUGCGUUAAUACCAGCUCUUUGGGGUGAAGUUACGAAUAUGCAUCAUGGUAACACUUUGUAAUUCCUAAACACGUGAAUUGCCUAUACCUCGAUGUUUGUUAAUCCGAAAACGUAAAAGGGUUCAUUAAAAUCCGAACAU